UUCAUGAUUUGUUUUUUUUUGUUUUCAGAAAUCAUUGCCAUGAAAAUCCAUAAAGCUUGUGAAAAUACGAAUUUCUGCUGAGACUUUAAAAUUUCGUAAUGGAUAAAGACUCAGAUAGCACCGUGACAUCAUUGGACGAGAAUACAGAAAAUUUCUGUUCAAAUCCCACACGUGAUAUAUUAGCGGAGGGUAUUCUGAACUUGUUUAAGCCCUCGGUAGAGAAAUUGGAUGAACACAUACAAGCCACCCGUGCUUCUCAAAUUGAGUUAAAAACGCAAUUGGACGCUCUUUCAAUACAGCUGGUGGAAAUCGAAAAGGCUCAGAACAAUAUACCUGAAUUUUCUAACAAGGUUAAAGAAUUAAUAAACGUGAAACAUAAGGUAACGGUUAUAACCAAUAUUCUUAGCAGUAGCCAGGAUCGUUUAACUGGAUUAUACAGACUUAUAGAGAAAGAACAGCGGCGUAGACAAGCGCUUCUAGACUCGGCCAUCAGCACCAACAUAUCGUAAAAAAAAAAAUUAAAAUGGAAACACCC